CAUUAAUAUACCAAAGUUCCAUCAAGAGUCUCGCCCAGGUUAUGCCGUAUUGCGUUAGGCUUUUGUCUGACGAAUGUCGCUCAAUGUAAGAGGGCGGCCUCCGGUGGCAGGCGGCACCCAUUGCACAGUGUGUGUACGGCUUGUUAACAUGAAGUUUACUGAAUCCAACAGUGUCCCGCAUUGCAACCAAAUUAAUAUGAUAGAGUUCGAAAACUAAUGAUCAUGUUUCUGGGCGGCACUACCAUAUUUGUGGGUCAUGAUCGUUAAUGCACAGAAAGAGAUGUAAAUGGGAUUUUUAGAUCAGCGCGGCGUUUGAAAAUACAAGGAAGAUACCCGUUCUCCGUGAGAACCCCACAUUUUGUCUGUCUUUGGAUUUCCCUCUAUUCCUAUCAUAACUCUAACCGUCGUCAUGUCGCUCGGGAAAAUCGCAAAACUUUCUCCUCAAACCACCGCCUUGUUUGUGUGUGAUAUUCAAGAACGUUUCAAGGGUAUUAUUUGGCAAUACCCAAGCGUCAUUUCUGUCGCAGGAAAAAUGAUCAAGGCCAGCAAGCUCCUUGAUAUUCCUGUUAUUGUAACAGAGCAAUACCCUAAAGCUUUCGGACCCACCGUACCAGAGCUUGACAUUUCUGAGAGUGCACUGUGCUUGGAAAAGACGCGAUUCAGCAUGUAUUUGCCUGAAGUAGCGGACGUGUUGAAGAAGAACAAUACGCAGUCGGUGCUAUUGCUUGGUAUUGAGAGUCAUGUGUGUGUGUUGCAAACCGCUCUUGAUCUGCUCGAAAAUAAUAUCAAUGUGCACGUACUCGCCGAUGCCGUUUCUUCCCAAAACUGUCCCGAAAUCGACAUUGCUCUCAAGCGUAUGAAAGCUGCGGGCGCUACUAUUACUACCUCGGAAUCCGUGCUAUUCCAAUUGGUCAAGGAUGCCAAGCAUGAAAAGUUCAAGGCUAUCAGCGGUUUGGUCAAGGAGUAUAUGGAAGCAAGCAAAGUGAACAAGAUUUUGCAACGAGCUGCAGGUGCCAAUCUCUAAAACGACACUCGUGUAAUCAAAAUGUUAUGAUACGCGACAGUUCUUUCUUUGAUAUAUCCAUAAAAAUUUCAUUAAGGGGA